UUUCAAAACAUUUGCUUGCAGCACACGACGAGUCAACAAACAAGAAAACUUGAUUCAAAUAACAGUUAACAGAAAAUAAAUAAUUUAGUACUAAACAACAGGUCUGGCGGAAAAGACCUUUUUUAUACUUAAUAAUUAUUUAAUUGAUUUGUUUAAAUAAAAUCUUCUUUUGUUUUAAAAAUAAACUAAAUAUUUAAUAACAAAAUUUUAAACAAAUGCUUUAAAGUUAAAAUUAACUUUGAUUCAAAAACAAAAAACAUAAACUUCGAAUCUCAAUUAAAGAUCGAACGAAAAGCGAAAAAAACUUAAGAGAAGAAAAAAAGUGUAGUUCAAGAAAAUAUAAAUUAAUAAAUAAAGCGUUGAUUUUCAUAAAAUUUUAAAGUUAUUUACCAGAUUGUGCAAGAAAAUGUCAGACGAUCACAAUAGCCACGAUGUCUUGGUGGCAAAAUGUGCAGCCAUGGCUGCUUUGUUUUGUGCCACCGCUCUCUUCGGUGGCAUACCCUUCGUGCUAAAUCACUAUUUCAAAUGGACGGACAACAAUGCAAAUGCCCGCUCAGCUAAAGUGGUAACAUAUUUGUUGCACUUUGGUGGUGGUGUAUUAUUAGCCACCACCUUCAUUCAUUUGCUACCCGAGGUUCAAGAGGUAGUGGAACAUUUACAACACUGUGGUCAAAUAGCCGCGGUGAAUUUUGCUGUGCCGGAGACUUUAAUGUGUGGAGGUUUUAUAUUGAUGUACUUGAUAGAGGAGUGUAUACACGGCUAUUUGCAUAGAAAUAAGAAAAAAUUGUUGCAUAAAGAUGAUGCAGCCUUUGAAAGAGGCCACAGUGUAAGACGUAGUGUUUUGGUUAAAGGAGGUUUAAAAAAUAAAUCCGAUGUUGAGGAGCAGCAAGUUGAGGAAGAGUCAGAUAAAUAUGCUUCUAAGAACACAGUUAAUACCUUAGUUUCCCAAAAUGGUGAAGUCUAUCAGAAUGGCUUUAGCAGCAAGCAAAAUCUUAACUUAGAAAUACAAAUCUGUCCUCCGGCCGAACCACCCAAAUGCAAUACACAAAAAUAUACCUUGGAUCAUUCGUUAGAACAUUCGCAUCAACCCUCACUCGAUCAUUCACACAACUAUUCCCACAAUCAUGCUCACGAUCAUGGCGGUCAUGGCCAUUCGCACUUACCCCUCAAUCCCAGUGAGGGUGAUGAUGUUGUCACCUCAUCAUUACGUGGCUUGGGCAUUGUCUUAGCCUUAUCGCUGCAUGAAAUCUUUGAAGGUUUAGCUAUUGGCCUAGAGGAUGCCACCAGCUCAGUGUGGUUUUUAUUUGGUGCCGUGGCUGCUCAUAAAUUGGUUUUAGCCUUUUGUGUGGGUGUUGAAUUGAUCGUGGCACGUACACGUCCCAUUUUAGCGGCUGUCUAUACCAUCACCUUUGCUAUUGUCAGUCCUAUUGGUAUUGCUAUAGGCAUUGCUGUCAGUCAUAAUUCAGCCGAUUCGGAAGAUAGUAUAGCAUCAAUGAUUCUGCAGGGUAUUGCGUGUGGUACUCUAUUGUAUGUGGUCUUCUUUGAGAUUUUGUCGAAGCAACAUGCUGGCUUUGGUUCGUUUUUGGCGAUGGUUGUCGGAUUUGGUCUUAUGUUUGGACUGCAGAAUAUAGGUGAAGGCCAUGAUGAUCAUGAUCACGAUCACUGUGCUAAUGCUGUGGAAGACAUGGUUACUACAACCACAAAAACUCUUACGGAGUUGGCGACAAAAAGUUAUCAAUAGUAUUUAUAUUUGAGAUAACUGUGAUAUUUUUUUAGUUUUAAGUUUCAAUUACUUAUUUAAAUUAAACUAAAUAUUUAAACAAGUAAAUUACUUUUAUAUUUAAGUAUUUAAAAAACAACAACAACAAAUCAUAAAUACAUAAUAACAAU